AUGCCUGGAGGACCUCUCUUCCUCACUCUGAGAGGCAGCCUGGAGCCUCCACCCACAACAACCUCCCCAGUCAGGAGUUGUAUUGUUUGUUCUAAUCUACAGGCUUUUCAGACUGCCCAGAAUGCUUUGCAUCUCAGAGGGUUCGUAUUAGGCACUCGACCAGAGCAAGACAUCAGGAUUGUGCUGCUGGGGAAAACCGGAGGAGGUAAAAGCAGUGCUGGAAACACCAUCUUCGGACAAGAUGAUGUGUUCCUCUCAGACAGUUCCUCCAUCUCCGCAACACAGAAAUGUAAAGCUCAUACCAAGAACAUCAAAGGCAGAAACAUCACCCUGAUUGACACACCUGGAUUCUUUGACACUGACAUCCCUGAAGAGGAACUGAAACCUAAAAUAGUUAAAUGUAUAACAGAAUGUGCUCCAGGGCCGCAUGCCUUUCUCAUUGUACUGAAAGUGGAACGGUACACAGUCCACGAGAACGAAGCCGUAGCCGUAGCGAAAAUCGAGACAUAUUUUUCACCAGAGGCCUUCAAAUAUGCUACAGUCCUCUUCACUCAUGGUGACCAACUCAAUGGUUUGACCGUUGAGAAGUUUGUCCAACAGAAUGCUGAACUGAACAAGCUUGUGGAGAAAUGUGGAGGCCGCUAUCACGUGAUCGACAACAAAUACUGGAACACCAAUCAGCAGGGUCGGUACAGCAACCAGUACCAAGUAGCAGAGUUACUCAACACCAUAGAGAAGAUGGUGAGAGAUAACGGAGGAGGGUUCUACACCAACGAGAUGCUCCAAGAGGCAGAGAGAUUAAUACAAGCAGAGAUGGAGGGUCUUAGGAAGGAGUUAAAGGGAAAGAUGACACAGGAAGAGAUGAGAAAACAGGUCUAAAGAAAUAGUGUGGAAGAAACUCCUGAUCAAACUCUCAGGGACACUAACAGGUGUUGUGGUAGGAGCGUUUCUUGGGGUGGCACUGGUGACAGGGAUCCCACUCACACUCGCUACAAAACCACUGAUUCAUUUAGUCGAAUGUCGGAUGGCAGCUUCAAUGAAAACAGUGCCAACAGUCAUGGUGAAUGCCGAAGGACCAGUCAUUGCAGGAGAGACAGUGGCGCUCAUUGGAGUGGGUUCAGAGAUAGGCAUAGGUGCAGGGGUAGUAGGCAUAGCUCCAGGGGUAGUAGGCAUAGCUGCAGGAGUUGUUUCUGGGACCGCUGCUACAGCAGGAGCAGUAAGAGGAGGGAUAGUAGGAGCUACUGCAGCAGAGGAGGGAUAGUAGGAGCUACUGCAGCAGAGGAGAGAUAGUAUGAGCUACUGCAGCAGAGGAGAGAUAGUAGGAGCUACUGCAGCAGAUGAGAGAUAGUAGGAGCUACUGCAGCAGAGGAGGGAUAGUAGGAGCUACUGCAGCAGAGAGAUAGUAGGAGCUACUGCAGCAGAGGAGGGAUAGUAGGAGCUACUGCAGCAGAGGAGGGAUAGUAGGAGCUACUGCAGCAGAGAAGGGAUAGUAGGAGCUACUGCAGCAGAGGAGGGAUAGUAGGAGCUACUGCAGCAGAGGAGAGAUAGUAGGAGCUACUGCAGCAGAGGAGAGAUAGUAGGAGCUACUGCAGCAGAGGAGAGAUAGUAGGAGCUACUGCAGCAGAGGAGAGAUAGUAGGAGCUACUGCAGCAGAGGAGAGAUAGUAGGAGCUACUGCAGCAGAGGAGAGAUAGUAGGAGCUACUGCAGCAGAGGAGGGAUAGUAGGAGCUACUGCAUCAGAGGAGGGAUAGUAGGAGCUACUGCAGCAGAGGAGGCAGAGACAGUACAGAGGGCAGCAGAGAAAGCAGCUAAUGCUGUCUACCAUGAUGCUACGCGUCUUCAUGACCAAGCAGGACAGGUUACAGUAACAGAUCAGAUACAACUGGAUUCAUGCAUAAGAAUCAUACGUGGAAUAAUUGAAAGAGUGGUGGCAAAGUAUGUUUCAACAUCUGACUAACUAUGUAGACAUCAGUCAGUUAUAUUCCACUGUUGAAUAGCUUUUUGUUCCAUUUGGUUUCUUUCUGUUUUGUAAAAAGCAGAUGACUGGGUUAUACAUUCAGGGUUUUACAUAGGUGUGUUCAAACUUUUGUCUGGUAUUAAACUGCAUUGGGUUCUGGACCAUGACUAUCCAUAGGCUUAUGGUUCACACAUGCGGUUGAGGGAGCAGGUUACCAUUUAUUGGGAUGACUCAUGCACUGGAGGCAGAUUUGCAGGUUUGUGCUGAUUGUUUGAACUGAAACUAUGUAAUGCACUGAAUGUGCACGAGCUUCUGCAAAUAAUUCCAAUGUAUGUGUCUUUAAACCUGCAAAAGGCAAAUGUACUCUAUAUCUUUAAUUUUGAGCUUUGAAAAUGAUAAAGGGGGGAAACAUUUGCUUAUGACAAACUGGGUAACAGUGAGUGGUAUAUCUAAGCAACAUAGUCUCAUUACAAUACGUCAAAAUAGUGACAUUUAAUCUUUGUAGUUACAUUGUAGAAUCACCUAUGCUUAUAAUAUGUCACGCCCUGACCUUAGUUAUCUUUGUUUUCUUUAUAAUUUUUGGUUAGGUCAGGGUGUGACGGGGGUGGUUUGUUUAGUUGUUGUAUUGUCUAGGGGGUUUUGUGGGUUGUUAUUCUAUGUUUAGUUGCCUGUUCUGCACUAUUCCUAUUAGCUUCACGGUUCCUUUUGUUGUUUUGUUAGUUUUGUUCAGUGUUCGUUCUUCAUUAAAAGAAGUAUGUACGCUUACCACA